AAAAUGUGACACUAGAGCACUUGUGCUGAGUACAGAAAGUGCAACCAGUCGUUUCUCCAUCCCUAAUAUGUGACUUUAAAUGAGCACAAAGACUUGAAAAAUGUGAAGAUUCAAAUAUGUAUUCCUCAACCUGGAUAUUCAGACACAUCUAUGAGGUCUAGAUGGUUCAGGCUGUGUGUGGUUUUGGUCCAUGUGUGUCUUAAAUGUGCAGAAAGACUCGGAAUAAUGAGGACAUCUUGAUAUGUUUAAUGGAAACCUGACAUUAGUGUUUACUUUAAUAUCUUGGUGUAUCUGUGGCAGACAGUAAACAGCGAUCCAGAUCCAUUCAUACAUGGUUUGAUUUAGCACCGAUCCACUGGUAAUGUCUCACACAACAGCCGCUGCCUCUCGAGCUGAACUGUGCAUCGAUCUGCUAGUGAUGCCUUGGGGCUCCAGGAGGAAGUUUAUCCUUUAUUCAAAACAGAAGAGCGCAAUCAGCCAGCUGUGUUUUCUCACCGUUCUUCCCUCGGAAGUCCUCUUUUUCAGAUCUGCACUGUGAGGAUUGGUGGAACCAACGUGGAGUGAAGUGGAAGAGCUGAAAGGCCACAUUGACUGCAGGAUCAAUCGAGUUUGAGUUGGAGGAGAGAGAAACUCAGUCGCUGCUGCUCAGAGAAGAAAAUGGCUCAGGAAGGAGUUCAGCUGGAACGAGAAACCUUCUCUUGUUCCAUCUGUCUGGAUCUACUGAAGGAUCCGGUGACUAUUCCCUGUGGACACAGCUACUGUAUGACAUGUAUUAAUACCCACUGGGAUGGAGAGGACCAGAAGGGAAUCCACAGCUGCCCUCAGUGCAGGAAGACUUUCAGACCGAGGCCUGACCUGGAGAAAAACACCAUGUUAGCAGCUUUAGUGGAGGAGCUGAAGAAGACUGGACUCCAAGCUGCUCCUGCUGACCACCAUUAUGCUGGACCUGAAGAUGUGUCCUGUGAUUUCUGCACUGGGAGGAAGAGGAAGGCUGUCAAGUCCUGUUUGUUCUGUCCAGCGUCUUACUGUGAGAAGCACCUUCAGCCUCACUAUGAUGUACCUCCAUUGAAGAAACACAAGCUGGUGGAGCCCUCCAAGAACCUCCAGGAGAACAUCUGCUCUCGUCAUGAUGAGGUGAAGAAGAUGUUCUGUCGUACUGAUCAGCAGCUGAUCUGUUAUCUCUGUUCUGUGGAGGAACAUAAAGGCCACGACACAGUCUUAGCUGCAGCAGAAAGGACUGAGAGGCAGAAAGAGCUGGAGGUGAGUCGACUGAACAUCCAGCAGAGAAUCCAGGACAGACGGAAAGAUGUGAAGCUGCUUCAACAGGAGCUGAAGGACAUCAAGGUCUCUGCUGAUAAAACAUUAGAUGACAGCUGGAAGAUAUUAGCGGCGGUGGCUUGUCUCAUCAAGAACAGUAGCAAUGUGCUGCAUGGGCAGAUCAGAUCCCAGCAGGAGACUGAAGAUAGUCGAGUCAGAGAGCUUCAGAAGAAGCUGGAGCAGGAGAUCAGGGAUCUGGAGAGGAAAGACACUGAGCUGAAGCAGCUCUCAGAUACACCAGAUCACAGCCAGUUUCUCCACAACUACCCCUCAGUGUCAGCACUCAGUGAGUCCACACACUCAUCCAGCAUCAGCAUCCGUCCUCUGAGACACUUUGAGGACGUGGUAACACUUCUGGAAGAGCUCAAGGAAGAAAUGCAGGACAGACUGAAGGACACCUGGACAAGUGUCUGUCAGAUAAUCUCUCUUCCAGAUUUUUUAGUGCCAGAACCAGAACCAGGAUCAGGACUAGAACCAAAGACCAGAGCUGGAUUCUUAAGAUAUUCCCGUGACAUCACUCUGGAUCCAAACACAGCAAACACAAACCUGUUUUUAUCUCAUGGAGACAGAAAAAUAACAGCAGCGAAUCACCAGCAGUCUUAUCCUGAUCAUCCAGACAGAUUCAGUGGAUUUUCUCAGGUUCUGAGCAGAGAGAGUCUGACUGGACGUUGUUACUGGGAGGUGGAGAUGACAGCAAGAGGAUUUUCUAUAGCAGUCUCAUACAAGAGUAUCAACAGAGCAGAAAAUGAUCAUAUGUUUGGAUGUAAUGACAAAUCCUGGGCAUUACGAUCUUUAUACGAUCUUUUUACAUUUGUGUACAACAACACCAUCACUCCCAUCUCAGGUCCUCAUUCCUCCAGAAUAGGAGUCUACCUGGAUCACAGUGCAGGUAUUCUGUCCUUCUACAGCGUCUCUGAAACCAUGACUCUCCUCCACACAGUCCAGACCACAUUCACUGAGCCGCUACAUGCUGGAAUCUUGCUUUAUUGUACUGGAGACAAGGCUGAGAUCAUUAUCUGAAAUAAACUUACAUCUGUCACAGUUCAGGGGUUGAAAUCAGAGAUUGAACUCAUCAUGACUUUUUUUUUCUUUGAUCAAGGUCUUUUUAUUAACAUAUCAAGAAAGAGAUGAACAUAUAUACGAGCAUUUUACAAUUUUUUGUUUUACCUCCAUCCCCCCACCCCACUUUACAACAUCGACAACAUCAACAAACUUAGCGGCCAGAGACAACAAAGUAAAACGAGUAAAAAAUUAAGAAAAAAAUAGAAUAAUAAAUAGAUAUAAAUAAUAAUAAUAAUAAAAUGAAAUUAAUAAUUUUAAAAAUAAAUAAAUAAAUAAAAUUAACUUGAUGAUAAAUUACAUGAGGUAGGUAAAUGAAUCAGAAAUGAUACAUGACAUAUAGUAAGAACGUACAUCCAUGACUAUUAUAGUCCAAUCUCAUCUGCUUUCACUUUCUCCAAGAAGGGCUGCCAGGCAACAGAGAAUUUCCGAAGUGACCCUUUUAUAGCAUAUUGGAUUUUUUCCAGUUGAAUAUAGUACGUGACCUCCCUUAUCCAAUGUCCAUAAACAGGUGGCAAUGCAUCCUUCCAUUUUUGUGAUAUCAUCCUCCUCGCCAAUAGAGUACGGAAAGCUAUCACAUUAGUCUGUGGCCCAGUCAAGCCGACAUCCCUGAGAGCCACACCAAAGAGAGCCAUAAAUGGGCACGGUUCUAGUGAGGUACCACAAACCCUUGACAAAGUGUUAAAGAUGGACUUCCAAAAAUUCCUCAAUUUUGGACAGGUCCAAAACGUGUAUUAAGGUUGCAGGCUCACGCUGACAACGAUCACACGUCAGGUCGAGAUCUGCCUUAACUUUGCAUAACCUCGUUUUUGACCAGUGAAGGCGAUGCACAAUUUUGAAUUGGAUUACUGAGAGUCUAAGACAAAUAGAGGUGGAGCAGAUUUGGUCAAUUAUUCCCUCCCAAUGUUCAUCCGAAAUUUGCUCGCCUAAAUCUUCCUGGCAUUUAUUCCUAAGUGACUCCAGAGAUGCCAGCCUCUGUGUAUGCAACAGCGCAUAUAACAACCUUAUAGCAUGUUUUUCAUCCGGUUUGCACUUGAAAAUUUCAUCCAGAAAGGAGGGUGAGGGACGCGAUGGGAAGAGGUUAACGUUACAGGCAACGAAGUUCCGGAGUUGCAAAUAUCUAAAGAAAUGAGCUCUAGGAAUAUUGAAUUUCUACACCAGUUGUUCAGAUGAACUAAAUACAUUGUCAUAAAAAAGAUCAUACAUUGAAACUAUGCCGCGUUCUGACCACACACUAAAUGCACCAUCUGCAAUUGAAGGACCAAACAUACAAUGUCCUUGAGGUGGUGCAACAAGUGACAGUUCUGUAAGUGUGAAGUGGCGUCUAAACUGGUACCAUAUUUUUAGAGAAUGUAUCACAAGAGGAUUCAGGGUGAAGCUAGAUAUAGGCCGUGCCAGUGGUAAUUUAGCACAGAGCAGAGAAACCAUUGACACCAGACCAGUCGAUGAAUUUUCUAUGGUUACCCAUGGCGGCAUGGUGUCAUCUUUUUUUGUCCAAAACAGAAACGACCUUAUAUUAGCAGCCCAAUAAUAAAAUAAAAAAUUUGGAAGUGCUAGACCACCUGCUGCUCGAGGUCUUUGCAGUAUAUUAUGCUUAAUUCGAGGUUGUUUUAUGUUCCAAAUAAAUGAUGAGAGCUGGGUGUUAAAGUUGUUAAAAAAGGAUUUAGUCAAGAAUAUCGGAAUACAUUGAAAGAAAUAUAAAAAUUUAGGAAAAAAAUUCAUUUUAACGGUUUUGAGUCUUCCUCCCAGUGAGAGAGGCAACAACUCCCAUCUUCCAAGGUCUCGCUUUAAUUUAGAAAGUAAGGGUAAGUAAUUGGCUUUAUAUAGUUCGUUACAGUUUUGCGUGAUCCAAAUACCCAAAUAUUUAAUUUUGUCAUAAUUUAUCUUGAAAGGGGUCGGAUAAGUAAACAGAGGUUCGCCCGCCGUCUUGCCAAUAGGCAUAAGCUCACUUUUCUGGAAGCUCACCUUAUAGCCAGAUAUCUCCCCAAACCCCCUAAGCAAAUCCAGGAGCUUCGGGAGGCUAUGUAAGGGGUCCGACACAAAUAAUAUCAAAAGAUCAGCAUAAAGUGAAACUUUAUGAACCAAGCCGCCCCGAUGAAUACCUUUAAUAUCGACACAGUGCCUUAUGGCAGUAGCCAGUGGCUCAACUGCCAAUGCAAAGAGGAGGGGUGACAAGGGGCACCCCUGCCUCGUGCCUCGUUGGAUUUCAAAAAAAGGGGAUAAGUUGUUAUUGGUACGCACUGCAGCUAAAGGAGAGGAGUAGAGUACCUUAAUCCACGUUAUAAAAUUAAUUCCAAAACCAAAUCUUUUAAGCGCAUAAAAAAGAAAAUCCCAUUUCACCCGAUCAAACGCUUUCUCCGCGUCUAGCGAAAUGAUCAUCUCUGAAGUGUCUGUUGUAGCGUGACUGGAAACUAUAUUUAGCAGACGCCUGAUGUUCAAGAAAGAAUGUCUAGCCUUAAUAAAGCCUGUUUGAUCGGGCGAGAUAAUGGACGGUAAGGUCUUCUCUAAACAGCUGGCUAGAACUUUAGCUAAAAUUUUUGUAUCUGAGUUUAGUAGCGAGAUGGGACGAUAUGAACUGCAUUCAAGUUGGUCUUUAUCAGGCUCAAGUAUCAGGGAGUUUAUGGCUUGUCGCAUUGUUGGAGGAAGAGCAUGUGAUGUGUAGGACUGUUCAAAAACUGACCUUAAUAGAGGACUGAGCUGGCUGGAAAAUUUCUUAUAAAAAUCCGAUGGAUAGCCAUCCAGACCGGGGGAUUUUCCAGAUUGCAUGCUUUGUAUAGCUAGCGCAAUUUCUGUGUUGGAGAGUGGCAUGUCCAAAGCAGUUGCAACAUUUGGAUCCAGUUCAGGCAUAUCAAUAUUUUGAAAAAAAAUUCUCUAUGUCAGAUGUGUUCUGCGACGAGAGCAAACUAUAGAGUGCCUGAUAGAACUUUAAGAAGCUUGUAUUUAUUUCUGAGGUGUCCGUACAUCUUACUCCCUGAUCAUUUCGAAUUCCUGGGAUGGACUGAUUGGCUAUUCGUUGUCUUAGCUGAUGUGCUAGGAGCCUGCUUGUCUUUUCUCCAUGCUCAUAAGCAUAACUUCUUGAUCUUAAUAUCAGACAUUCAGCUUGUUUUGUAGUAAUAAGGUUAUACUCUGUAAUAGUAGACGACACUUGUACAUCUCAGGUGUGGGUGAAAGAGAACUCAUCAUGACUUUUAUUCUAAACAUGAAAAUAUCAGCUUCUCUGUGCUCUGAAUGUUUGAACUUUUGUAUGGAUCUGUUUGUUUGCUGCAGUUUUUCUUCUUCAUGAACCUCAGCAGAGAAAUCAGCAGACCUUCUUCUCCCACAGAGAUUUUAUUCUCACCACUUUGUAAAUGUGUGAAGAAAUGUAGGAUUGCAUUUGUUUUGAAUGAUUAAAAUGAUUAAAUGAUCUUAAGCUGAUGCAAUUUAAAACUGUUUUUGUUUUUAUUGACGAGGAAAGCACUGAUUAACUGAAGUUCUGGGUUUAUUUUUACUGAAUUUUUCAUCUUUUUUUGUUUUUAAGUGUUUGGUGUGUGAAUAAACUGCUGGUUUUAAUCAUGAAUAAAGCUAAUUUGAUCUUUU